AUGACUGAAGAUGGAUAUAUUCUAGGUCGAACUAUUGAAGACUCGGUUAGGUUAGACGCACAGCAUCUGCUUUGGAAGCUCCAUACUGGCUUCACGUUACUUCCUAAUAUUCCCAUAAUGGAGAACAUGAGGAUUGCGGAUCUUGGGACUGGAACAGCGUAA